AUGACUCCUUUCUCCAAUCAAUCCUGCUGCUGCUGCUGCUUCUGGGGAACUACAAUGGCCUGUGCUGUUGCUCUCUCUCCUCAGUCUCAGUUUCGCCUCCUCAUUCCAAGCACUUUCUCUCUCCUUUCUCCUCACCUUGCCUCACUUUACGUACGCACUCAAAUUCCAGCUUAAUUUUAAAUUGAGGCGCAUAAACUUUGCAAUUAGUUUCGGAUCUCUUGGGAUUAUAUGGUAGCUCGUAAUAAUAAUAAUAUUAUUAUUCGCAGGGGAAUUUACAUUAAUUGGUGGCCAUAAUUUCAUACCUCCGAAAGCAUAAUAUAUGCAGCCAGGUGAAAACUGUGAAAGUAAUCUGAUGUGCUCAAACAACCCAUUCACACAAUCAUUACGGAUUCAGGCAACGAAAUCAAUAAACUCUUUAGUAAACAAAAUCAUCCCAUUUCAUUCACUCACCAAAACUAAACCAAAAGCAAGGAGUUAGUGGAGUAUCUACUAAAAUCCUUCUCUGUUACUAUUGUUGCCACUAUUCCGCUUUCUCUACAAGUCAGGGACUUAUUCAGACAAGCAUCAUUACCAUAAGUUCAUGUUCUCAAUACUAUUUAGCUAUAACGGUUUGCGUAAUUCGAUCCUUUGUUGAAUUGCAGAUACAAACCAUGCACGUAAGUAGGUUUACACUCUUCCUAAUCGUUUAAUUACCCUGUUCCUCCGCAGAAAAUCCUUAUUCUGACCAAUAACCAGUCCACAUUUCAUUUUGGUAUAGAAAGGAUAUGCGAAACAUAUUAAAUAAGACUUUGUCUCAUCAUACGUAUUAGGUUUCUGCGUCUCAAAAGCCAACAACCAAAUAGUAAUCGACGAACAAAUAAUUUCUUCCUUCAUUUUUCCUACUUUUCCCCAACGGUAGAAAAAUUCUACAAGGAAGUCAACCAAGCUGAGAACAUCCCCAGGAGGAAAAUAGCAGAAUUGAAAGAAAAGACAGCGAUCUUUGGGAAGCUCAAUCGAGUCUCUAUCAAUCAAAAUGAAGGAUAUUUUGAUCUACAGCUGCUUCUUCUCACAAAUAUUUCUUCUGGUCAAGGCAGGGAGGACAGUCAACAACACGCUUAAGUGUUAUCAGUGCGACACAUUUGGCAAGAAUCCUGGCGCCAUUUGCCCGGAAGAAGACCUCAAAACAUGUCCAAAUAAUAUCGCGGCGGACCGUUGCUUAACUCGAGUUACCAAAAAUGCAACUGGAUACUACGUCGUCAGGAAAUGUGCAUUGGCUCCAUGUGAGCUUCCUGACGGUUUAAGUUCUUCCCUCUUUAAACUGUCCUCGAACUGUGACCGGGAUCGAGAUGAGUUUACGUGUUACACUUGUUGCGUUUUUGAUGGGUGUAACUUGAAUUCUGCAAUUAGAAUGGGUUAUUUGCACUGGUCUGUCCUCCUAAUCACUAUGUCUGCACUGAUGAUCCUCAAAUAGACCUGCUCUAUAUAUUAUUAUAGGAAAUUCACAUUUUGAAAUAUUUCGUCUCAACAGCUCUGUAAAUUUGUUCAACACGAAAAUAGUAAAUUUCUAUCUAAGAUUGCAAAAUAUACAGUAUUAAGUAUUAGAUGUAACAACCUGCAUCUGCGUCUGCACAAAACCUUGAUCUUGACUAGUUAUAGCUUAUCGAGUAACAUUUACAAGAGACAAACUCAAUACUUGUUAAAGUUUUUAAAAUCGUUUACCCUCUUGUUAAAUGAAUUAUUAUUUGUAGGUCGCUACCAGCAAGUUACUAAAACUUCGCUAGGAUGUUAAAUGACAAGAAACGGUACACAAUUGAAUUGGAAAACCAAGCACUAUGUAUAA